GUUGGCAGCGGUUAAGACACAGUUUUCUCCACGAGCUCUAGUCAAAGUUACAUUGUGUGUUUGUUCGACGAAUUUGUACUUGUGCCUAGUUUCUGGUGGUGGUCAGAUCCGGUAGAGAGACAUUUCAGAAUACCAGUCAGCAUGAGUUCAACUAGCUUGCGAGUUUUAAGCCAGUCCGGGCGAGGAUCAACCGUCAUGCAUUGGGGCCUUAUGGUGCUUAUGGUCGGAACAGUAGUACACGCAGCCGAUCAGCGAUUCUGUGGGAAGCAACUGGUGCUCACCCUAUCGAUGCUGUGCGAUGAGUUUCCGGAUCUGCAUUAUGGAGCUAAAAAAUCCAUUAGCGACUACGACAAAGACUACAGUACCGAUGAGUGGCUAGCAAUGAUGGGUCAGGAUCCGGAAUCGUUCAUGUCGACGGACAUGAUGGUACCGCACGUGGACCAGCAGCAGGCAGCACAACAGCAGCAGAAGGUACCCCUCUGGAUGGCCAUGAUGUAUCCGCAAGGUUACGGAUUCAGAAGCAGCGGUGGCCGUAACGAUCUAAUUCCACCGCGUUUCCGCAAAAGUCCAAAAGGAAUUGUGGACGAGUGCUGCUUGCGGCCUUGCGGCAUCAACCAACUGCUGAAAUACUGCAAAACUAUAGCCUAAGUUUUCGGAUGAUGAACCGAGUGCCUGUCGGUAGCUUCGGGUUAGUCCCGGACACCUAGUCAUUUACUUCUGGUAGUUGUUACAUUUGAUAUGAGAGAAAGCGAUACCCAAGGUUAAGUUUUACAAUAGGAAAAGAUUCGGAUCUCGUACAGGUGUGUUGUUUAGUAAUGUGAUAAUUGCUGUGAAAGAGUAGGGCGAUUUUGAAGAUUUUUACUGCACCGAUAAUAUACGUACAAAGAGGUAGAUUUUAUACUGGUAGGAUCGAAAGUUUUUACAAUUGAAUCCAAUUAAAGAAUACAAACGAUUUAUAUUGCUGUUACUGUGUUAGCAAAGGUAAAUAAAUAUUUACAAAUGUAAA